UCUAAACAGUGCAAUUACGAAGUAAGCAAGUAGCAACGAAAGUGGCAAUUUUGAAGAAGUGAAGUGGGUAAAAUAAAGGUCUCUACUCUGCAACACCAAAACCCAGUGUUUAUGAUUUCAUUGGCUUUACGAGUGAGCUCCAAUGCGUGCUUCGACGAAGGCUAUAUCAAUAUCAUGUACACACCCAACCCUUCAUCUGUCCCACCCCAACAUCGAAUCCUUCGUCUGGAAUAACCUCAUUCGAGCCAGCGCCAGAGCCACACUUCAACAUUCACCGUUUCCACCAUCACUCUCUCUCUACCUUCGCAUGCGCUCCCAUGCUGUGCUCCCCGAUCUUCACACCUUCCCUUUCCUUCUCCAAUCCUUCAAUUCCCAUUCUCAGCUCCCUCAAGGACGCUUACUCCAUGCUCAAAUCUUCCUCCUUGGCCUCACCAACGACCCUUUUGUUCAAACCUCCCUUAUCAACAUGUACUCUUCCUGUGGCAGCCUCACCUUCGCUCGCCAAGUGUUCGAUGAAAUAACUCACCCUGAUUUACCAUCUUGGAACGCUAUCAUCCACGCAAAUGCCAACGUGGGCAUGAUUCAUAUUGCAAGGAAACUGUUCAAUAAAAUGCCCAACAGAAACGUUAUAUCGUGGAGCUGCAUGAUUCAUGGUUACGUGAAGUGCGGUGAGUACAAAACCGCACUUUCUUUGUUUCGUAAUUUGCAGGUGUUGCAAGGUCGUGAACUCAAACCCAAUGAGUUCGUCAUGUCUGCUGUGCUCUCAGCUUGUGCUCGCUUAGGUGCGCUUCAGCAUGGGAAAUGGGUUCAUGCUUAUAUUGACAAAUGUGGGAUGAAAAUCGAUGUUGUGUUGGGCACAUCUUUGAUAGACAUGUAUGCCAAGUGUGGAAGCAUUGAAAGGGCAAAAUGCGUAUUUGAUGAUAUGGGUGUUGAAAAGGAUGUGAUGGCAUGGAGUGCCAUGGUUGCUGCAUUGGCCAUGCAUGGACUUUCCGAGGAAUGCUUUGAACUAUUUGCGAAGAUGGUAAGUAAUGGGGUGAGGCCAAAUGCUGUGACGUUUGUGGGUGUUCUUUGUGCUUGUGUACACGGAGGUUUGGUUAGUGAAGGAAGUGAAUAUUUCAAGAGGAUGAGGAGUGAGUAUGGUUUUAGUCCUCUGAUUCAACAUUAUGGUUGCAUGGUAGAUCUAUAUAGUAGAGCAGGUCGUAUAGAGGAUGCUUGGAAUGUUGUGAAAACAAUGCCUAUGGAACCUGAUGUCAUCGUAUGGGGCGCUCUGCUUAGUGGGGCUAGGAUGCAUGGAGACAUUGAAACUUGUGAGAUCUCAAUAAAGAAACUUCUUGAGUUGGAACCCACAAAUAGUGGUGCCUACGUGCUUCUUUCUAACGUGUAUGCAAAGCUAGGACGGUGGGGGGAGGUGAGGCAUUUGAGAGACCUUAUGGAGGUGCGGGGCAUCAAGAAAGUUCCGGGGUGUAGUUUGGUUGAGAUUGAUGGGGUUAUUCGUGAGUUUUUUGUGGGGGAUAAUUCUCAUCCAGAAACCCAAGAUAUAUAUAGAAUGCUUGAUGAGAUUAUGAAGAGGUUGGAAAAGCAUGGUUAUACACGUAACACGGGUGAGGUAUUGCUAGAUUUGGAUGAGGAAGGAAAAGAAUUUGCAUUGUCUCUUCAUAGUGAAAAACUGGCAAUUGCAUAUUGCUUCCUCAGGACAAGCCCGGGUACCACAAUUCGGAUCGUAAAGAACUUGAGGAUAUGUAGCGAUUGUCAUGCUGCAAUCAAGAUGAUAUCUAGGGAAUUUAAUAGGGAGAUUGUUGUUAGAGAUUGCAACCGGUUUCACCAUUUUGAAAAUGGGUUUUGCUCCUGCAAAGACUACUGGUAAAUAAUAAUGGAAAACUCGAGUGUAUAUUUUUAAUGUAGGAUAUAUGUACAAACUAUUGACUCGGAUAUAGUUUCACGAGAGAAGGGUGGACAGUAUUCAGAUAAAAAGAAAGGAACGAGAGUCGAGAGUAUACUAAUGAUUCUCUAUGGAUAGAGGGCGAGUUAGAAUAAUACCACAUACCAAAGUUCAGUUAGACAAAAGACACAAAGCAAGUGUUCUUUCGUUUGUUUGCCUUUAAUGAAAUUAUUG